GAAGCUCUUCUUAACAAUCAGAGCUGUCCAGCCCUGUACUUGACAAAUCUUCAGUAGGUAGUACAGCCCGCAGUCAACAUAGGCAGUGUAAGAUGCUGGAAGUGUGUAAGCCCAGUUGACCUGGACUUGAAUUUGGACUCAUUCCCGUCAUGGCGUAGAGGAACUCUCUAAGCCCCUCCCUCCAGCUUUAUUCUUUAACAUCAUCCCUAUUAUUGCUGUUCUAAUUAUUUGUUUAAAAAAGAUGCAGUAAUACCUUACGUCGUUCUUUUUGAGACUGAGCGUUAUUAUUUACAAACAAGAAAGUGAGGCGUCUAAUAUCUGAAACUCUAGAGAGUUUCAACAAUUGAUGAAUUAGUAAAUUUAUUGGCCCAGCAUCAGACACUAAAAUUAGUGACAGCACCAGGACAGAUCCCACUGAACACGAAAGGAGCUUAAAUUUAUGUCUUCAGUUCAUGCCUUCAGUAGGUGUCUGAGGACAUUCAAACUUUGAGAAGAAGACCUUGGGGUCCAUGGCCCCUGCAGGUGUGGCCCUCCCAGCUAGGACAGGUGCAGUGCUUAAGCCAUUUAUAGGGAGGCAUACUCAAGGACAGAUCAUAGAUGAGUGUGUGAACGGGCUGAACAAAUGUUCAGCUGGCAUUGUGAAUGUCGGGGAUGUCAACCAAACAGAGUGAGGGCGUGAUUUCCCUAAAAGCCAUGUGUAGCCUGGAUUUCAAGGGCAUCCAAUGACCUUGCCUGAUAUUCUCUGGGCAACUCAUACAUGGACCCUAAAUACUUGUGUUCUUAGUGACCUUGUGAGAAUCAAGGAUCCCUUAAUUUAGCAAAACCUUCUGAGUUCUUAUUUUACUUUUCAACCUAGGAAUGUAUCAUUACUGGGGCUUUAAUCGAAAGGCUAUUUCCUAAUAUUUGUACUAAGACCCUCCAAACACAAAAAGAUCUCAUAUUCUGAUAGCUGGUUCAGUGGAAAGCUGAAAUUUCUCCUUCUGUGAUAGGCUUUCAGAAUUUCUCCCUUUUCACUUUAACUAAAACAUUUCCCUUCUCUAUUAGCAAGGUAACUGUGAGAGGGCAUGAGAUAACUACGUGAAAGCAUGUAAAAUAUCACGAAAUGCAUUACAAUGAGAUAAAAAUAACUACCAGGACAAAGACUUGGCGAAAAUCGUGAUGAGGAAGAGGAUGAUGAGGAUGACGAAUACGGGGAGAGUGGUUUACGUGUUACACAGUGUUAACAAACUCCACUUUAUUUAAUGAAGGCACCACAUAUUUGAGUGUAAGCAGUAUAGUAUUUGCAUUUAGAAGCAGUAAAUUCUAAAUCUACUUCAGUCAUUUAUUUAUUUUGGCAAUCAUGGAGAAUUUAAACGAGCCCUGACAUCCUGCACUUGUUCUGAGGACAUAUUAUCUUAUAAAUGUACAUUCCUAGAACAGUUAGUAAUACAAAGUAAAAGGUGAGAAAUGGAAAAAAACCUUAAUGAAAAAGCCUAUACAGCAUAAAUAAAUAUGUUCUUGAUGACAGGUGCCCAGUCAGUGUCUUUCAGUGUGUCCAUAUUGAAAAGGUCACAUUUUUCUGGAGACUUCAACUGCCUUCCAAGGAUGCUGUCUUCCCAGUCCUUCGUCCACAUCUCCUUCUUCCAGCCACCUGCUUUCCUGUUGAUGGGCAUCCCAGGGAUGGAGGCCGUCCAUGGCUGGAUCUCCAUCCCCUUCUCCUCCAUGUACACCGUGGCCCUCACUGGAAACGGCCUGAUCCUCUUGGCCGUCAGGAGGACCCCCAGCCUGCACCAGCCCAUGUACUACUUCCUGUCCAUGCUGGCCCUCACCGAUGUGGGCCUCACCUUGUCCACCAUGCCCACCACCCUGGCUGUGCUCUGGUUCGACCACCGGCUCAUCGGCUUCAAUGCCUGCCUGGUGCAGAUGUUCUUCCUCCACUCCUUCUCCGUGGUGGAGUCCUCGGUGCUCCUGGCCAUGUCGUUUGACCGCGUUGUGGCCAUCUCCAACCCCCUGCGCUAUGCAGCUGUCCUCACAAACAAUGUCAUCAUCAGGAUUGGGCUGGCCAUUGUCGCCCGUGCUACCCUGUCUCUCUUCCCUGUGCCGUUCCUGCUGAAACGACUGAACUUCUGCCCUAACAAGACCCUCUUGUCCCACUCAUUCUUCCAUCCUGAUGUGAUGAGAAGAGCCUGCGCUGACAUCACUAUAAACAUCCUCUAUGGGCUUUAUGUGGUACUGUCCACUGGAGGCAUCGACUCCCUGCUCAUUGUCUUGUCCUACACGCUCAUCCUGCACACGGUCAUGGGGCUGGCCUCUCCCAGGGAGCGCAUCCGGGCCCUCAACACCUGUGUCUCUCAUAUCCUGGCUGUCUUUGCCUUCUUUAUCCCAGGUAUCACCAUGUCCAUGAUCCACCGUUUUGGGAGGCACCUGCCCCACAUGGUACAUGCCCUCGUUGCCUAUGUGUACCUGGUGGUGCCCCCUGUGCUCAACCCCAUCAUCUACAGUGUCAAAUCCAAGCCCAUCAGGGAGGCCAUGCUCAGGGUCCUCAGGGGGGGAGGCCAGAGCUGAUGAUGCAGGAUGCUGCAGGAACAGGGCCCUGAAAAGAAGUUGGUAAACCAGAAAUUCAACUCCUGGAUAGAUUAAGUCCCACCCAUACUUUGUUUUGGGCAUCUGGGAAGAGUGGCAAAAAAUAAUCAUGAGAAGAGUUCCCAUCGUGGCUCAGGAGUAAUGAACCAACUAGC